UUGGUAAACCUGCAGGUGAUGGUAAAGGUCCUCCUCAGCAGAAAGUAGGUUAGACUUUGGCUUUCUCUAUUGAGCUGCUAGCCGCUGUCAGUCUGGCCUGGGGAGCGUUAAGCACAUUCAGCCAUUUUAUUGUUACUAUAAACAUCUGUGACAUUUCCCUCCACAGCUUUGUGCUUUUGCCGGAAACACGUACAUGUGUGAUGCGUUUCAACGGGACUUAAAGUUGUGGGGGUAUUGUUUUGUAAGAAUAGUUUUUUUAUUUGUUUCCCAAUACUCCACAGUCCCCAUGAGUACUCUGCAUACAUCAAUCAAUCAAUUAAAAUUGUAUAUCUCAUAUUAACAAAUCACAAUUAGCCUCAUAAGGCUUGACAAGGUGGGACAUCCUAUGUCCUUAACCCUCAACAAGAGUAUGGACAUGGUGGCCAGACAUUUAGUCCUAAUGACAUCAACCAUUGCAUCAUACCUCCAUCCCAUUCAAUGUUGUAUUACGAUAAGAAGUGGCUCUGUGAGCUGACACAAGUCAUGAGGUUAGUCACGCUCACCAAAUCAAUUCACAUGUGUCUUGUUCACGCGUCCUGUUUCCUUCCUGCUUGAUUAAAAAAACGUAUUUGAGAGUGUUCGAGGUGUUGGGAGCAGCAAAGUGAUGAGGGCAGGUGAUAAGCAGUGAUUCUCAGCCGGUCUGGUUACUGCAAUGAAUGGUAACACUAUCCAUCCAGCCAACACCACCACAACAGCAGGAGGAGGCCCCGGCGUGGCAGCGCCCCCGAGAGGCUGGAGCGAGUUCUGCGAGCUGCACGCCAUCGCCACAGCCCGGCAGCUGGCUGGACACUACCAGAGCUUUGCCAGAGAGUGGCCACAGCAUGACGUGCUCCCGCCAGAGACUUUUUCCAAGCAGUUUACCGACCUCUUCCAGAAGCACUUCUGCUGCGAGGUUGACAAAGAUGGCAUUCCGCUCAUACAGAACAGAUGCUCUACCUCUACCGGUAGCGCUCCUUCCACAUCUCCAGCGACCCGCCCCCUUCCAUCACAGCCUGUGACUGGUCGAUCGCGGAUCACAUCUUUGUCAGGAGUGCAGGACUAUCGGGAGGCGAGCCGUCAAAGUGGAGGCGCUGCUCUAUUUGCUGUGGUGCCACCAAAAGUGGAGCCGUUGGUCGUGAGCCGGGACCAGGAACAGCCCCUGCAAUGUGCUGCGGGAAACUCCUUGUCGAGAAACGCGGGGGUUCUGAGAGGGUCAACUCGUAGUGUCGGCGGCAGGUCCCUGCUGAUGCAUAGCCAUGGCAGCGAGGAGAUCUCUGGCACCAAUCGUCGCCGGCUAUCUGACCCGUCAGCCUCCAACCCUGGACACGCUGACGUCACACACUUCUCUGUCAGUCAGAUCCAGCAGACCGUAAGAAGGCUGUUUAAGAAGCGUCCCCUUCCUAGCCCCCCCACAACCCAGGACCUGUCCUCCAACAACCCCAACCCCACCACCACCAACAACAACUCCCCAAAUAAUAGUAGCAGAGUGGGCGGGAUUUACUCCACAAAUGAGGAAGUGUCGUCCUCCUCCUCUUCAUCCCACUCUUCCUCUUGUCUGAUCUCUGAACCCACCCCUCCAGGUGCUUCACAUUGGUCUGUGGCGGGAGUAGCAUCUCACUUCCUGGAUCGUUUACGUUGGUUACACAGCAGAAGCAUGAGGCAGAGGAGGUCAGAGGUGAGCGGCUGCUGUAAAGAGGGCCAAAUGAGAUACUUAUUGGUGGAGGACACUAUCUCAGACUCUCAGCCCUGCUGGCAACGCUGCCGUCUGCUGGUCAGGAGGAUCAGAGACGCUCAAGGAGGAGGAGUAGGAAGAGGAGGAGGGGAGAGGUACCAGUUGGAGCUCUAUGAUCCUCCAAAGGCGUCCAGCCCCAAGCUGACGACUCAGUGCUCUGAUAUCCAAGAAGUCCGUCGAUGCAACCGACUGGAGAUGCCCGACAACUUAAACACAUUUGUUUUAAAGGUUCAUCGAGGUAGUCUGAUAUUUGAGACCGACAACGACCAGCAGGUCAGCUCCUGGACCACAGAGCUGAAAGAAUGUAUCAGCAACAGGUCGGGCAGCGUGGAUCUGGAGCCCCUCCCCUCCCCAGCUGACAGCUCCGUUCCAGCCAAUCGCAGAGGAAGCUCGGCGUCCGCAGGUCAAAUGCCCCCCGCCUUCACCCUGCCGGAGCAGCUGGUCCAGAAGACGGAUCACUUCCUCUUCUCCUACCCAUGGUUCCACGGGCCCAUCUCUCGCGUCAAGGCCGCCCACCUGGUCCAGAGCUCUGGACCCGAGGGACACGGCGUCUUUCUGGUACGACAGAGCGAGACGCGCCGGGGGGACUACGUCCUCACGUUCAACUACCAGGGAAAAGCAAAGCACCUGCGCCUCUCGCUGACCGAGUGGGGUCAGUGCAGGGUGCAGCACCUGCGCUUCCCCUCUGUCAUGGACAUGCUCAGCCACUUCCGCCUCUUCCCCAUCCCUCUGGAGUGUGGAGCCGCAGGUGCUGUCACGCUGUCCAGCUUCGUGGUGGCGGGCUCCAGCCCCCCGUCACAGGGUUCGCUCUCAGGCGCCCUCCUGGUCCCGUUCUCCCUCCAUCGCUGGAGCUCUGAGCCCAGCUUGGCUCACUGCAGCCUGGCUCGCAGCUGCGGUCAGCCGGCCUCCUCCUGCUCCACCAGCAGCUCCGCCUCCACUCCCAGCUCCGUUUCCCAGCAGGGGACCCACCACCCCGUUCGUGCCAACCCCGUCCCCAACCCUCUCCUGACGACGGCCCCCGCACCCCUGCGCCGGAGCGAGUCGGUGGGGAGGCGGCCUCUGCUGCGCCACGCCCCCCCGCACACGCCCAUCAUCCCUCAGCGGGACUCGGACUACGAGCUGGAGCCCGAUCGGGGCCGCAAGCGGGCGAUAGACAACCAGUACAUGUUGCUGUGAUCUGCUUAGUCGCAUACCUGCAUCACCUCGGAGAGACAGAAGUCACCUGUGAAGCCCACACACACACACACACACAAACACAAACAAUCACAUACAUACACACAAACUUACCCAUUUGUCACCCCCCCCCCCCCACACCCAGCUUCAGCUUCAGGUGGGGUGUCAGACAUGAUUUCAGGAGACUCAUGAACUUGAGAGAACAAGUCUGAUAAAUGCAUAGGACUGUGUACGUGGAAACACACACACAAACACACACACACACACACACUCCCUACGUCUGAGCUGCGUGUGUGUCUAACAGUGUCAGACCAACACUGCCUCCCCCCCCGAGUGUCCACAGUGAAUGUAUUUUUUGGGAGUUUUAUUACAGUGUUGACGAUGACGAUGAUUCUUCCUGUUGUGUUGAUGUUGGGGGUCUGUGUGAGUGAGGGAGAGCCACAUGUGUAGCUGUCCUCGAGCCCGGAAAACUAGAUUCAAAUACUUCUAUUCAACCUCUGUGGCACUUAACCUCCACCUGCCUGUGGGUGGAUAAAUCAAGUGCUCCUUUAAAAUAUUUAAAAGACAUUUACUCUUGACACAAAGUUCCCAGUGUGGAGCAAACUCUUUUCUUUUUUUUUUUAGAAACAAAAAGCACUCUAUAGGUUAGAGUGUCAUCACACUCGAUAGAUAUUCCUCCUCUUACACAUUAUUAUAUAUAUUGAAGUGCACAUCGCUUUCAGUGCACUUUGGAAACAAUGUGUAUUUUUUCAAUACACAGAUUUUGUUUUUGUAGAAAAAAUUAAAAGUAAAAAGGGGAAAAACUUGGUUAAAGUCUAGAAUCGUAUCGAGCGCCGCUUCCACUCCUUCAAACCUUCGCUGAAGAAACAACUGAACCACAGAAACCAUUAAGGAUUUCAGCUUCCAUCAGAACCAAAGCUGUGGAACCUCCUGGCUGUGUGUGGUGCUGUCGGUGUGUGUGUGUGUGUCUGUGUGAGAUGUGUGAACGUUGAUCAGCAUGUUCUCGCUGAUCUCAGUGUGGUACAGUAUUCACCUUAGAGCAUGUGCGAAUUUGUGUGUUUUUUUACAAAAUCAACUUCAGGUCAUUUCUGCAAUAACACGUGAGAAUGGAUUUAAUGACACGUGAUACAAAGUCAUCUUUCCUCACAAUUUACUUCAGAGUCACACAAUGUUUUUUUGCUACUAAAUAAAUGCAAUUUUUUUAAAUAUACAUUUUCACAGUUUUUUAUUAUUAUAUAUGUAUAUACAUGUGUAUAUGUGUUCAUUUAGUAGCACAAAAUUGACAUUGUGACUUCAAACUAAGAAUUUCCACUUCCUAACAUGGGUUUUGUGCGUUAGAGAUUAUUGUGUCACCAAAAUGAGACUCAGAGGUGAUUCUAUUUGGACACAAACAAAAAAUGAAAGGUGUGAAAUUGACAUAAACUUAGAAGGCUUCACUCCAAAGAGGGGGGGGGGGGGGGCACUCGAUGCACAGACCUUUAAAAGCCAAAGUGCUGGAAACUUUUAACUUGUUUAAAACUUUCUAGUUUUGUGGAGGUUUGAUCAUCUUUAAGGUUUUUUUUUUCAAAGUGGACGAGGCUGAACUCACACACGUGCCUUAGUGAAUGUUAAGAUUUAUUUUCAUACAGCAACAGAUAAAAAAAACUCCAUUCCGGGAUCAGUAAUACUUGUGAUAUUGUCCGACUCUACUUUUUACACUCACAGCAUUAAUUCUUCUUUGUGUCCGUCUGUUUUCUGUCGCCUCAGCAGCCGGUAGAACCCCCCCCCCUCCCCCCCCCAGGGAGGGACUGUGGAAAUCAUGUGUUCUGAGCAGCACGUCUGUGUUUCUCAUCAGAGGCUUAAUGAGGAAGGUUUGGUUUCAGUCUGCAAACAUGUGAACGUGUCCAGAUGUGACAUGUCCAGAUGUGACAUGUGACACACAGAGGAUCACAUGUGUCGCUCUUUGUUCUCUGGUUUCUUGGAGUAGAUUUUAUGAGCAGAUCCAUCACUUCCAGUAACUCGUGUCAUCGUUGCUUUAAAGGUUUAAACCUCCAGUUUUUUAAGCUGCAUUGAUCAGAACAGAUAAACAGCACAUCACUCAACUCGGGUGAGAACUUUAUUGUCACAAGCUGAUUUAAUAUUGGAAUUUUAUUAUCAAGGCUUUUUCUACAGGGAAGAAAAAAAACACAAAGCAUAUUUUGAAAGUCCUCUGGUUUCCAGUUAGUUUGUUAAAGGAGACGAGUUUUCAGUUUCUUUUUCCUCUUUGUCUAUUAUUUAGUUUUUCUUUGUGGAUGUUAAAGAUCUGCAGGGUGCAGCUAGCGCCUCAACUUCCUGUCUGGAAUUAAAUCGCUCAGUGAAGGAGACCCAAACCGAUCUGAACCCAGGUAUGAAUGAAGAGAUCCGUCUGUAGCCUCGUUGUGUCAGUGCUGCUCCGCCUUGAGAAGCCUUUGGAUAUUUUUUCCUAAAACCGAAACCAGAAUCUCAAAGAACCAGAAAUCACAUGUUCAUACAGUAAAUCUAAUUUUCCCAAAGAUGAAAUGUCAAAUCCUCGGACAUUUCGUUUUCAGCGACUGAAGCUCGACCUUCAGAAAACAUUGUGUGUUUGUUUCUAACGUUGCUUCAACACUAACUUAAGCAGCUGAUUUGAAAUGCACCCUCAGUGAACCUGUCUGUCACUCUGCCUUCUCUCCAGUCACCUGUUGUGUUCAGAGAUCUGCACGAGCGUGGUGUGAUAACUUCUCUUGUUACUCAAUAACUCAAGCUUUUUUCCUACCAAAGGAACAUGUGUACAAUGGUUGUGUUGUGUUCUCUUCAACAUGUUGUUCAUCUGUCAAGUGUUAUUAAGGGGAACAAAAACAAAGACGUCUUUUUUGGCAAACGUACGGUUGGUCUUUCUGCAUCUAGACGAGUCGAAAGCAGCAGUCACAGUAUUAAGUUUGAAUUCUUUAUUCUUUUAUUUUGAAGGAGAAGGACUGUGCCUUUGCCAGAAAGCAGCUGUUGCCUUUUCCCCUUUUUGUUGUGUGGGAGCUUGUGUACAGUGCAAUAUCUUGAGAGAGGCCCAGGGCUUCAGGUGGUGUUUCAGGUUUGCAGAGAGCAAGCGGAGGCUUCAACGCGGAGGAAUCGUGUGAGAAACGUUUGUAAAAAAAGCUCUUAGACCGAAAGAAAACAGCGAAUCAAAGAUCCCAGACAAACCAGCGCUGCAUCACAUGCUCCUCCUGCUUCCUGUUUUGUUUCAUGGUUCAGAAUCGAGUUAAAUGCUUGAGAUGAUUCCUCGUGUUCUUCAGGUGUCCUUCAUCCUCAACCACACCCCCGUCCGCACCACCAUUUCAAAAUGUCCAUCUGGUGAAUGUAUCCUCAAUACUGUUCAUUCUGUUUAACUUAGCACUGUAAACAUUCCAGUCCGACCCGACGAACCCCCUCAACAGCCAAUGAAAACCACAACAGCUUUUAAAACCUGUUCAUUGUGUUUGCAUCCCUUUUCAGUUAUAAGCAUCUAAAUUAUAUUAAAAUAUAUAUAUCAACUGUAUAUUUGACUUUUUGUAAAAUAAACCUAACCAAAAAAAACAUGA